UCACUCUUCUAACUCGUCGUCUCAGUUUUUGACACUCGGAAGGCCGUAACAGCGACAGAGAAAACACUGCGAAAUGGCAUACGCCGCCGCCCGGCGCACAUUAGCCUCGGCCCUCAACCGAACCCUCGCUUCAUCUUCCGCCUGUUCGAACUCCUCAUUGUCCCCUCGCUCUCGCUUCGCCAUCGCUCUCCUGAACAAACAACACGCCCAGCCCGCACCCGGUUCGGCGAACGUUCGGACCCUGUCCAGUAAAUCCGGGUCGGGUUACUCUCCCCUGAACGACGCCUCUCCGAACUGGAGCAACCGCCCACCCAAGGAGACCAUCCUCCUCGACGGCUGCGACUACGAGCACUGGCUCAUCGUCAUGGAGUUCGAAGACCCUAAGCCCUCCGACGAGGAGAUGAUCAACUCCUACGUCAAAACCCUAGCCACCGUUCUCGGAAGUGAGGAGGAGGCGAAGAAGAAGAUAUACUCAGUUUCUACUUCGACGUAUACCGGAUUUGGGGCUUUGAUUUCUGAGGAGCUUUCUCUGAAGGUCAAAGGGCUGCCCGGUGUUCUAUGGGUUUUGCCGGAUUCAUAUCUCGAUGUGCCCAACAAAGACUAUGGAGGGGAUCUAUACAUCGAUGGGAAAGUCAUUCCUAGACCACAGUAUAGGUACAAUGAAAGGCAACAACAAACUAGAAACAGGCCUCGUCCACGAUAUGAUAGGCGCAGGGAAACAAUGCAGGUUGAAAGGAGAGAGCCAAUGCCAAGACAGAUCAGGGGCCAGGAUCAGAAAGAAUCUGUGCAGCAAACAACUCAAAAUGCGGCUCAAGGUGGAGGGACAGAGUUUAACAGGGGCAAUGGCUUUUAGAUCGAAAUAUAGUUGCAGAGUCACAAAGUUUUCAAUCCUAGGUUACUAUGAAUGAAAAGUUGGUGUUUUUGCACUUGGAUUAAUAUUCCCUAGCAUCGUUUUGAAGAUAAGAAAGUCAAUAUUUGUGUCGGUCCUUUCUGGGAUUUUGCCCGGUAUUUGUUUUACGUCUGUUUAUGUUGAGCUGUGCACUGAAGAACAUCAAGUAUUAGAAUGAAUUUAGUAUGCUAUUAUCUAUCUG